UGGCAAAGGAUUUACAUGGGGAUCAAUGGUCAUUCACCCUUUCAUAUAUCGGCAAUCCAAAGCGCUACAUUCUUCUUGGUGGUUGGAACACAUUUGUCCAACAGAAGAGUCUUGUGGCCGGGGAUAUUUGCUUCUUUGUGAGAGGCGUCGAUAAUGAGUUGUGGGUUGGAUUCAGACGCAAAACAAAUCCAAGAAAAUUACCGGCACCAGCAAUAUCAUGCUCUAGCAUGAUACGUGGCUUAUUGUCGAAUGCCUACAUUGCUCUAUGUACCAAUACUGCAUUUACAAUAUACUACUACCCUUGGAUUUGCCCUGCAAAGUUUCUGAUUCAGUAUGAGCAAUACAUGAA